CAAUCAGAGGAGUUGUUGCUGCUGCGGCUUUAUUUGAGUUCUGCUGCUGCUGAGCUGGAGCAGCGUGAUCUGGAGAAGAAAAACUGCAAGUUCGUAGUGUUUAUAUACAGUUAUAGUUUAUAUUAUUGGUUAUUAUGGAAGAUAUUGUACAAGUUUAGCUACUAAUGCACGUUUUGACAAGAAAAGUCCGCGGUGUAAAGUAUGUGACUUAGUGGCAUCUAUUCUGUGUUGGCCUCUUACCAAGUUAGUCAGCAGAAAGAGGAGCUUUGCAGUCACCAACUGGUGCACGAAAAACGUCCUUCCAAUGUCUUUAGUCGAGGAUAUUCUGGAUGUGCUGCGUGUCGUCCUGCAGUACUUUGGAGUGCCUCCAGACAUGCUGGUUCCAGUGUGGGACAGUCAGCUGUGCGGCCAAUAUCGUAGCAUCGUGCGGAUGAUUGGGACCAACCUCCCACUGACACCUACACCACGUGUCCACUUUCAGGUCCCUCUGUUCACUUAUAGGCCCCACGGUUAUGUCGACGUCACCGUUGAGACACCUACCAUCCCCUCGUUCUCUGACGUCCUGUGGGUGUUUGAGGACGAGGGGGAGAGCUUUGCCAAAACCAGGAACCAUUUACCUCCAAAGACGCUAAGUACUGAAAAUCGGGAUGUGGUGAGAUACCCAGGACCGGCCCAGAAUAAAGCCCAGAGAGGAGGCAGACCUGUGAAGCAGACAGCUGCUCCAGACGCCCUGAAGAAGAUCACAGCGCUGGAGAGCGAGCUGCUCAAGCUACGAGCUCAGAUAGCCAUGAUUGUCACUGCCGCUCCGACCUCGGGUCUGACCGAGUCCCAGAAUACCCCAGGCACGCCUUUGAUGUCCUCUCCCCUUCCUCCGGCUCUCACCUCCACGCCUCGCUGUUCUGCUCCUCCUCCACCACCACCUCCACCUCCUCCUCCUCCUCCUCCUGCUCCCUGUCCUGGCUCCUCCGCUAAGACUUUAUCUGUGGCAGAGCUGGUCCGCCAGCGGAGGAAUAAAGACCUUGACAAGGGUCAGCUCAAGCCCCAGGACUCAGACGUUAAAGGGAUCCCAUCCAUGCUGGAUGUUCUGAAGAACUUAAAUCAAGUGAAAUUGCGUUCAGUGGAGAGAUCCCCAGGGGGGACACCAGUCAGAAGGAGACGCAGUAAGGGAGGUGCAGCAUUGCUUAGUGACCCAGCGGCUCUUAUCGCUGAAGCGCUGAAGAGAAAGUUCGCCCAGCAUCGCCUCAACAACUCGUCUGACAAAGAGAACUCACUCGAACUCUCACCGUUCGGCAGUCCAGAAACACCCAAGGUUGCUCUCCAUAUCAGACGCAGUCAGGGGCGCCUCCACCUCUGAUCCCGUUGAUCUGACCCCAGAAAAAAUCAAAAAUCAGACACCCCAUCUGCCAAUUACCGCUCCCACAGAUGUGCCUCACAAAUUACUACUGCAGCUACUGACUUGCAUUUCAUUUAUUUUUUAUUUUUGUUUGUCUAUUCUUUUGUUUUUGUAAGAGUGUUUGUCUCACAAAGAACAAAGUGCUUGUUUCUGUUACGUAUCUCUUUGUCUCCCAACAAAGAAAAGAGAAGAGUGUGAAUGUAUAUUUGUGUUACAGCGAUUGCUGCGAACGAGGGUUUUGGUACAGUUGUUUUGUCUUUUUGUACAGCGCAGUGUUAUGUUUCCAUUGUUAUUCACAUAUUAAUGAUAUCUUUUUAAAUGAAAUAAUGUGUUUAAGCAGGUGUGCGCUUUAGCUUCCUGCUUUAAUGUUUCUGAAGUCACUUUAUGAGGCCUUUUAUAAUUCGUACCUCAACCAAGUGAAAUUAAUAACUGGGUAUUGAGAUUCAUACAGCUGUAUUCUAUGCAACUGCUGUUUCAGGUCAUUUUAUUAUAUUAAAGUGUUAAAUUGCACUGGUCAAA